AUCAUUCUCUUACAAUAUCAAGAUGCCAUUGCUCCUAAAGCUUUUCUUGGACAUUUCACGCACUAGCGCGACCAAGUAGUUCUACCAGUAAAAUGCCGAUUUUCAUCCAUUUUUCUCCUCUUGUCUUCCCCCUCCUCCUCCUCCUCGUCCCCGUAAUUUCAACCCCGGAAAAGCACACUAUGCCACCAAAACAAGACCUUGUCCGUACCUCAUGUGUCCAUGCUAGCUACCCCAACAUUUGCCUACGAACACUCUCCUCCUACUCAGGCCUGGCCAAAACCCCACGUGACCUCGCCCAGGCAGCCGUGAAAGUCAGCCUCGCUCGAGCUCGUAAGGCCUCCGUCUUCCUCUCCCAGCUAAAGAACCCCAGCAAGAGGGAAGUGGGAGCGUUAAAUGACUGCAUUGUGCAAAUGGGCGACUCAGUGGAUGAGCUGAGCGAGACUCUGGAGGAGCUCCACCACCUACACGGCGGAGACUUCCAGUGGCGAAUGAGUAACGCACAAACAUGGGUUAGCGCCGCCUUGACGAAUGAAGACACUUGCCUUGAUGGGUUCAAAGAGAUUGAUGGCAAUAUCAGAUCAGAUGUGAAGAAGAAGGUCACUAAUUUGGCUAGAAUAACCAGUAAUGCACUGUAUCUCAUUAAUCUUCUUGAUGAAUCCCGUGGGAAAAGAACUGUUCGAACUUAGUAAUUUAUUCUGUAUAAAACCGUCAAGUACUCUUCGGUUC